UCGUUAUCGACGUACAAGCACAAGUUAUCGCUUCACCAAGUUGACAGUUGCAAUUUUAUGACAAUCAAAAUAUCCCGGAAGUUUGGUGUUUCAAUCGUGCAGGCAACAAAACAAGAGCACAGGACUAGCGCUUAGUAAACCCAAAAGAACAAUCAACAAAAUCCCGUUCAACGCACAUUCCGGGAGAGCACGCGAAGUGCAAGUGAAGCCAAAGUUGUUGCGAUCGACUCGCAGGCGCAGUCUGCUCGCUUUUUAGUUUCUUUUUGUUUUUCAAAAUGUCGAGCUCGGGUGCCUUGGGGCACCAGCAACCAGAUCUCGAACUGGACCAGGAACUAUCCCUGCUAAUACCCGGAACGACCAAUGAAAUGAGCUCGCUGAUCCAUUGCCAGCACAUGCACACACACAUACACAAAAUGACACAACUGACAAGCGCCAAGCUCCGUUAUGUGCCGAAUCUAACGCGCAUGGCUGUGCCGCCGGGCGCCGAGCGCUUGGUGUUCAUGAAGCUAACGGUGAAGCAGUAUCCGCACGAUUUGGCAGCCGUUAAGUUGCUGAAGGAGGAGAUGGCUUGCGUGUGCUUCGAUCUGCCGAUGGAUCGCUUUCCCGUCCACGCACCCAUCAACCGGAUGACCUUUCUGUCGCCGAAGCUACUGCCGCCGGGCUUCGAUGCUGGCGCUGUUUGUGGACCCGGCGUACUGCCGCGCAAGUACUACCCGAUCGGCAUGCUGCCGCCGCAGCACAAGGGACCGACACCGGCCCUAUUUGUCGGCCGUCGACCACAACUGGCCACGAAUCUGAAAAUGCCGCUCUCCAACGGCAUCGGCAAGCCGUCGGCUGAGACGCGUGUGCGCCUAAAGCGCUGUCAAGUGGCCCUGGGCUUUGUGGGCGCCGAUGCCAACACCAUAGCCAUCAUGCAGAAAUACAUUGACAAUCCGCUGCCGACGCAGUACAACAUUUACGUGCCAGAUCUCAGCGACUUGAAGGUGGUGCUGCCCACUAUAGCUGAUGCCAUGAUGAAAUAUGCCAUGACCAUUAUCUCGACGGUGGUGCAGCCACACGUACCGCAAGUAUGCAGGGCCGCCAUGAACGCACCAGGACCGAAAUUCGACCUGCCCGCGGAACUGUUUCCACCCGAAAUCAUCGCCAGAGAGCCUGUCUUUCUGCCCCACCGUUAUUUGCCCAAAAACUUUGAUGUCGGCUGUGUGUUUGCACCUGGCGCACUGCCAUACUCUUGGUUCCACGGUAUCCUGAAUCCCCAUGAGGCACCGGUUCAGCACAACUACCUGGUUUCGCCGCCCUUGUUCUUUGGCCGCUGGAAGACCAAGCAGCCGAAGAUAGACAGCGCUUUGAAAAAGCCAAAACGUCAUUCGAUGCCAAUGCUCUCGGAACUAGCAUUGAAGCGCACCGGCUCGAAUGGAACAUCACUUGCGAUUGCUUCAGGCUCGAAGCCAACAGCAACGAAUGCCAAAGAAUCGAAGCCAUCAGUCUCGACUCCAACACGCGAGAGACCUACGAACUACGAUAGAGAAUUAGUUUAUGUCAUAUUCAAUUUGUAUGGCAACGAGAAGGAGAUUGCUGUGGGUGAGACGGGGCUGCGUAAACUGAUCGAGCUAUUAAUUUGUAAAAAAUCUUUGCCCGAUGACUUUAAUGUGAACAAAGCCUCCGUUCAGUAUCGCGCCAUCAUGCACACUCGUGCGGAUAUACGCGAUGGCAAGAUUCAGGCAAGGCUGAAUCCGUUUUUUGCGCAUAAGCGGCGUAUCCGUCCAUCCCGCUCUCACUACCGUGAGCGCAAGUAAGACGGAACAAAACACACGACCGACCACCUCUCGACGAAAUCAAAAAAC